AUUGGAACCGAUGGAUGGGUUAGCUUGACAGCUGCUGGGGAGAAUACCAGUGUUCGAUUCUUGCCAUUCGAAGCUGACGUUGAUACUGAAGGUGCUGGGUACGUGUCCUGGCGUGAAACAAGAGAUGAUUCAGUCACCUCAGUGAUCUCAAGCGUUACUAACAGUGUAUUUCCAGACCUUGCGCCAGUGAAUAUCACAUCAGCUGUCUUAGUCUUUUGGAUUGGCGUUGGCUACUAUAAAAAGAAUUCAGACAAGGUAAAGUUAACCUUUGAAUCGGAGAAAGUAGAAUUCGCUGAGUAAAAGUUUGCACCGCUCGUAGUAACCAUUGCCAUUUAUUGACUGAAGAUAUAGUCGACAAAAAUUAAGUAAAGAUUUACUGCUCGACGUACGCGUUUCGUGGAGUACAACCUGCCAGUAGCUCUCCUUUCUCUGGAUCAGGAGAAGGCUUUCGACCGUGUUGACUGGCCUUUCCUUUUCGCCGCCCUAGCUAAAAUGGGCUUUGGUGGCAACUUUAUCCAGUGGGUCAGGCUUCUUUACACUGACGUUCGCAGCUCCGUCCUUGUCAAUGGCUACACCUCUCGCCCUUUCAAGCCUUCCCGUGGGGUGCUUCAAGGCUGUCCUUGUCCCCCCUUCUAAAUGUUCUCUCCAUGAAAGUGCUGGCUGCUAACGUCCGCUGUCAUCCUGAUAUUACUGGUCUGCGCCUACCUGGUCUUUCUUCUCCCUUCCCUGUACUGUCCUUGUAUGCUGAUGACACGUCCGCCGUUUCGUACUCUGAUCGCGCCACUAGAGCGAUCUUCUCGGUUUAUGGCCGUUUCGAAAAAGGCACUGGUGCCAAGCUUAAUCUUGGUAAAUGUGAGGGUGUUUGGUUGGGUUCGUGGCGUGGCCGUUUAGAUGCACCUGUUCCCAUCAAAUGGACCAGUGCCUUUUUAAAGGUUGUGGGUGUUUAUCUUGGGAAUGACAACCUGGAGGAGGAAAACUGGCGGCCUCGAAUUAACGCCUUCGAGAAAUGUCUAAAUUCUUGGCGUGUCCGAUCUCUAUAAUACUCUGGCAAAGCCCUAACUGUCAAUGCUCUGGCUCUCUCUAGAGUGUGGUACAUAGCGUCCCUUAUUUCUAUGCCUGAUUGGGUUGCAUCCGAGCUCAAUACUCUUAUCUUUUCUUUCUUCUGGAGCGGCAAACGUGACUUGGUUGCCAGAGAUUUAGUUCAGUGUCCUUCCGUUACAAGGUUUCAUGCGCUUUUGGCUCAGUGGGUCCGUCGUUAUGCUACUGCCCCGAAUGUGUGGGCUCACAUGAUGACCUUUUGGUUUUUAGACCGUUUUGGGGUUGACCCCCAAGCUGUGCUUGCUACCCCAUCUCUUUUCCUCUUGGUAGCUUCGGGCCUUCCAGCUUUUUAUCGCGUGCUUUUGCGUGCUUGGACUGUGCUUCAAGGCUCCUCGUCUCAGGCUGGCCUGAUUGUUGGUUCUGCUGACACCGCGUUACUAAGGGCCGACUCCUUGACCUGCAAAUCCUGCUAUCAGCUUCUCUUGUCUUUGAAUGCUGCGCAACCCCACUGUGUGAUAAUGUUUAGUUCAAAAUUAUGGUCACUUAGACUGGGAUUCUACCUGGAGGACCUUGUUUUUCAUGCCUCUCGACAGGAAACCCAUUGAUCUUUGUUGGAAAGUUGUCCACGGCGUUUUGUACACUGCUCACCGUCUUGUUUCUUUCGGAUUGAAUGUCCCUCCGGAUUGUCUCUGUGGUCACUGUGAUGAGACUCUGGAGCCUUUGUUCUUCCACUGUCCCCUGGUCCAAAGAGGUCUGAUUGGAUUCAGUCACUACUCUUUCUGUCCUCUUCUCUUGCACCAGCUAUUACCGUGCGUCAUGUUCUCUUCGGUUUCGGCUAUGCCAUGAAGAUGAGCUCCAACUAGGGCGAAACAGCUGUCCAUGGCUGCCACUGCCAGCCUGAUAUGGCUGUGCGCAUGCGUGAGGUAAUGGCCAGGCCGUGGUUUUCGUGGGUUGGUGUAUGUGUGCCCCUUGCUUUAAUUUACUUGGUAACGCUUGAUCCACCUUUCCCGCGCAUGUCGUGGUAGAACUGCUGUGCGGCUCCCAGCCAACAGCUCCCGCAUGUGUUGUGUGGAGCUGGCGCUUGAUAGACUGCUUUGCACUCACCUCAGCAGUAUGGGGUUUUUGAGACGCGGGUUUUCCCAACGGCGGUGCCACGCUGGUGGGCUUCAAUGAGGGCGAAACAGCUGUCUGUGGCUGCCACUGCCCGCGUGAUAUGGCUGUGUGCAUGCGUGAGGUACUGACCCGGCCGUGGGUUGGUGUAUGUGUGCCCCUUGCCUUAAAUUUGCACUAUUUUCAGUGCAAUCGAAUUAAGUUCAAUCUAUUUUUCAUCACUUACCGUAUUUCAUGACAUUUCUAAACAAAUUCAACAGUGCGCGCGUACAAGUAAAAUCUUUGCUCGUUGGCACUUAGCGAUAGCUAUAACUAGUUUACUGUUGAUAAUAGUGCCAUGAUGACACCGAAACGUCGAGCAAUAAAUAUUUUCUUAAUUUUUGCAUGUCUUCACUUUAGAAAGUCUCUUUUGAUCACAAGAUAUAACUGUUAAUUAAAAAGAAAAAAUUCUUUUAUGUGUAAAACACCAUGAUUAAUUAAAAUUACAAUUUCCAUUGCGUGUUUCAUUUCAUUUCAGACCAAUACAUUUGAGUUAGCGCUGGCUACUGACGGUAAUAGAACCUUUGCAAUCUACGUAUAUGCCAAUGACAUGAUGCAGUGGACUACUGGAGACAGGCAUGGAGGUGGUGGCAAUGCUCGUGUUGGACUCAUCAAGGAUGAUGGUUCAACCUUCUUUAUGAAAGGUUCAAGUUCGCCCGAUGUUCUAAGAGUUCAUGAAGCAAGCAAUACUGGAUUACGUGGGCUUUGGUAUUUCCGAGUAGAUACUGAUAUGGUCGUUACUCCAGGUGAGUUAAUAUAGAUUUGGGUAAACCUAAAAGCAGAGCUCCCAUACGCAAACAAACAAGAUCAUUAAAACUCAGUUGUCGCAAUUCGCCCCACGUGAAAGAACUGGAAGACAGAGUCACAAACUACCAGUAUAAGUAAGAAUUGGUUCAUGUUUAGCGUGCGUACAUCGAUUUAUGGAGGCACGUGGGAAGAUUGGAGAGCGAGAGAGUAACGUAAGGCUUGCUAGAGGUGUCAUUAGCCGAGUGCAUUGAAAGCUUCUCUGGAGCUUUUCAAACUUCCUAAAAAAGGUUUUUAUUGGUUGGUUGCGAACAUGUCGAAAUCGUCCAGACCAGGAGAUAGGAUCCUGUCCAGUUUGAACGUCAGUCUCAACUUGUCAAUGAAAAUUUGCUUCUUUGUUGGUAAUCAAUCAGUCUGUCUUUUAUUUUCAGGAGACUAAUUGUCCAAAGCAAGCGACGAAAAACCCGAGUUUAAUGAACAAAACGGAACAGGUCUUCUCAUAUACGCACGGCCGUGCAAAUAUAGAGUUUUUAAUCCAUGGUGGCUCCAUAGGAAUUAGAUAGGGCUAGGACGCGAGCUUUGUAAUAAAAUUAAUCAUUUCAUUGUUAUUUUGAAAACGGUAAAAGGUAAACUUUCGUUUUCAGCCGGGCAUCCUUAAUCGGUAAAUCAAUAGGACCUAAAAGAAUCUCAAGCUAAACCACGAUUGUCUACAAUGGACACGCUGCAAACGAAAAAGAAACUAUGCAAACAAAGAAGAAGACACGCAAAUAAAAAAGAAACCAUGCAAAUAAAGAAUAAAACACGCAAAUGAAAAAGAAACCAUGCAAACAAAAAAGAAAACACGCAAUAAAUUAUAAACCAUGUAAGCCUUACGUAUAAUGUCGCGAGAGAUACUUGCUAUCGGCACAUAUGUUGUCACAAGUAAAAUGAUACUUUAACCAUAUAUUAGAUGCCUAGUUACGAUUGCGAGAAGUUGCUGUAGUUGUAGCUGUAGUAUUGGUGAUGGUAGCACUGAUGAUGUUAUCACACACUAUUUUCAUCGUGGUUAUCCUUAUGAUGCAAUCGUUGGUCUGUUAAAGAAAAGAGAAAGUCUGCAAAUAUGUGUACGGACACUUUUAAAAGAGGCGUUUUAAAUCUCUAAGGUUGAGGAGGAAAGGUAAUGGUAAGCUAAUAGAUGAUUUUAAACCACGAGAAGCCAUCCGUAAAGAAAUCAAUGGCCCUGGAAGGUUAUCAGGCUAUCGUAGUAUUUGGCACGCUUCGGACUGAGACAUCACAUGCACGCACCUCGCGACCUGGUGGCAGCAACUAUCAUAUCAGAAAUCAAUCCUGCUGGUGUAGAAGAAAGGAAGUCGUUAAAGAUCAGUCUGGUCAUUAGUCUGGUCGAAUUGUUUUAAAUUUAAAUACCUAAAUGAAAGAUUUCCCUACACUUUUGUGCACUUCAAAUCAUGGAAUCCCUACCCUUUUAGCCAAAGCCCGAAAAAGGUGCACAUAAGAAGAGCAGUCAGGUGUGUAUCACCUACGACCUUGUUACCAUUCAUCAAUUCCUCAGCUACAAUAGGUCACUCAGCACAAAACUGUAAAAUGGCCUUCUGAUCAUUUCCUACUUCAACAAAAAGAGGUACUUACUAUCCAUGUGCCACGAGGCGUUGGCGCCUUUAUAUAUAAACGUUCGUCUCUUUAACCGUCGUGAUUUCCUUUCUUCUACACCAGCAGGAUCAAAAGCGUGCCAAAUACUACGAUAGCCUGAUAAGCUUCCAGGGGUAUCCAUUUCUUCACGGAUGGCUCCUCUUGUAGUUUAGAAUCAUUUAUUAGCUUACCAUUAACUUGCCUCCUCAGCCUUAGAGAUUUAAGACGCCCUCUUUUAAAAGUGUCCGUACACACAUUUGCAGACCUUCUCUUUUCUUUAACAGGCUAACGAUGGCAUCAUAAGGAUAACCACGAUGAAAAUAGUGUGUUGUUACAUCAUCAACGCUACAUCAUCAAUACUACAGCUGCAACUACAGCAACUUCUCGCAAUGGUAACUAGGCAUCUAAUAUAUGGUUAAAGUGUCAUGGUACUUGUGACAACAUGAUAUGUGGCGAUGGCAAGUAUCUCUCGGGACAUUAUACGUUAGGCUUACAUGAAGUACCGACCCUUUUUUUAUUUGCACGGCCCUCUUUUUUAUUUACGUGUUUUCUUUUAUUGAUGUCCUUCUUUUUAUUGCGUGUUUUUUUGUUUGUUUGCAUGGUUUCUACUUUGUUUGCGCGUUUUCUUGGAUAUUUGCAUGGUUUCUUUUUUGUUUGCGUGUUUUCUAUUUGUUUGCGUGUAUUCUUCUUUAUUUGCAUGUUUUUCUUUUGUUUGCGUGUUUUCCUUUUUGUUUGCAUGGUUUCUUUUAUGUUUUCGUGUUUUCUUUUUUUUUAUUUGUCUUGUUUCUUUGCUGUUUGCUGCUUGUCCCUUACAGGCCAUCGUACAUACCAUGGUCCCCGGAGCUCCGCAAUAAGCCGAUAACCCAUGGAUUAUUCUCUGCUCAUCAAAGAUGGUUCAAAUUUAAUUUCCCAUAGAUUGCUGAAAUAGGCUGGUCAGAUGGAAACUAUUGAUAUUUUGGUAAAAUUUAUUUCCAUGCCUCUUUCAGAUGAAAAGAAAUGUGUGCUGGGGUGUGAUAAACAUGCCAAUUGUAUUGAGAGCAGAAUUGGAUACUCUUGCGCCUGCAAGGAAGGCUACAAAGGAGAAGAUGCCACUGUUGGUUCCUGCAGUCCUUUGCCAGGUAACGCUGUAGUAUAG